CUUCUUCAACUUAAGGAGGCAGUCCUCGACCCGCACUCUACACAACCGAGAGCUGUCGUUGGGGUUGACAUUAAAAAGGCAUUUGACGGGGUCCCGCACAACACAAUCAUGUCCCAAACCAGAACUGCCGGCCUAAAAGGACGACUAUAUAACUUCAUUGCCGCGUUUUUGGAAGGUCGCUGUUUUCAAGUGCAGGUAGACCAAGCCACUAGUGCCACGCGAGCCAACAAAGUAGGGGUACCGCAGGGGUCAGUUAUCUCACCGACUCUCUUCAACUUGGCGAUGCACACCCUCCCACACCGUCUUGAUGCAGUGCCUGGACUAGGUCAUACAAUAUAUGCCGAUGACAUCACGCUUUGGGCAACAGACGGCUCCAUCGGCCAGCAGGAAGACAUACUCCAAAAUUCCCUAAACAUUAUCUACAGUUUUGCAUCCGAAAUUGGCCUCAGCACAUCCCCAGAGAAGACUGAAUACUUAGUCAUACACGGCGGCCGUAGUACUCCCUCCAAGAGAGCCGAGAAGAACAUGUACAACCUCUCUAUCGGAGAUCAACCCAUCACCAGGAAAUCUGCCAUUCGCAUCCUGGGCAUGUACCUGGAUGAAAAUUGCACAGCCAACACAUGGUUCCAGAAAACGACUGGAUCAGUAAAAAAGAUCCUACACGUCCUUCGACGAAUCUCAACACGCACCCGUGGUGUCCACGAACGCGAGAUGAGGCGAUUCGUGCAGGCAUUUGUCGUCUCACGGCUCCUGUAUGGUCUUCCCUAUCAUCCAGUCAAUCGGACUCAGAUGCUAGCUCUAGAAAGACUUAUCAACGAGGCCCGAAGACUGAUUACUGGCCUUCCCAGGUACACACGCCUAGACGCGCUCAAGAGUUGCGGGGGCAUUAAUGAUCUCAGCGAACUCGUAUCCGCGCACUACAACAUCCAGGAGGCACGGCUUCGCACAACACCAGCCGGCCGGUCUAUCCUUGCAAAACUAGGCUACGCCGUGCACGAUCUGCCCGAACUCCCACAACAGACCCCGCCGUGGGAACACACUAUCCUUACCGACGGGACUCCUCUACCUCAGCGGAUACAGAGCACCGGCAGGCGCCUCCCUCUCAAGAGACGGCACUUAAAGUACAUUCGCUCGCUUGACGAUUGCACCCCCGUGAUCUACGUCGAUGCAUCCCUGCCAGCUGAUCACAAAUGCGCUGUCUACGCCACGGCGUGGUACGAUUGUAACACAGAAGCACAGGCACGAUACCUGCACACAACGGCUACGCCCCCGCUCAGCACCCAAGCUGAGCUUCAAGCCAUCACGGACUAUGCGCGCGACGCACUUCUUACGGCAAAGGAAGACGCACCAGUCACGCACAUCAUUUAUACUGACUCGCAAGCGGCACACCACAUAUGCUCGGACACCAAAUAUACCGGACCUACCUUACACGAGCUCAAGGUGGCCGUCUCAUCUCUGAGAGCGUCCGGCCAUCAAUUCAUCAUACGAUGGGUCCCUGCCUACUGUGGCAUACCCGGUAAUGAGAAAGCCCACAGACUAGCGCGCGCACACCUCCUCUCCGCGCUGGCCAAGGGACCCUCCUCUUCCUCAUCUCUAGGUAACCCCUCACAGGAAAUUGCCAACCCUUGGCACGACUUGCGCUCUACCAAAGCCCAGCGAGCCACCUACCUCUCCAUGGCCGCUAACCCGCUAUCCAUCCCUAAGAUUCCCUCCCAACAUUUCUCUCGUAGGGAAGCCGUCAUGAUUCGGCAAAUUCAGACAGGGACCCUACUGACACCGCAUCUCUUACAGCGGUUUCGCGGGAACGACGGGGCGGGACCUUCCACAGCCUCUGGCAUCUGCAAGAACUGCAAUUCUAAGGCAGACCUGGUCCAUCUCAUGUGGUCUUGCCCUUUGUAUAAUAUUCCACGACAACAGGCUUUGGACCUCAUCACAAACGCCCCAGUACCCGCAUCCCUGAACGCCUGGGCAUGUCCAGACACCACCAUAUCCCCUAAGCAGGCUCUGGAGCUCUGGGAGGCACUACUCACCUUCAUAAAAGACCCAACUGCGCCUCCAGUGGGGGACCGGCUUUUUCCGGCUACAGCCAAGAGGAUACGGCCUCCCCCUCCCUCGUCGACGAAGGCCUUGAAGCCAUGAAGUGUUGCCCUCCUCCUCCUCUCCUCUUCUUUGGCCCCCGCUUCCUAAUCCCUUAUCCUCCUUCUAACUGACCUCCGCAGCGCGCUCCGCGCAAUAUAAGGUCAAUAAACGUGUUUUCAAUCAGUCAGG